GCCACGUGAUUCGGCUCGCCAAUGUCCUUCUACAACCCACUCAGCAUCAUGGCUGCGGAUGCUGCGGAUGCGCUCCUGCCGCACCGCAUCCCUGGACCGCGUCUCGCGCCCCUGGUCCUCCUGAUCGUAUCCGCCUUUCACACACCGACCCACGGGCUGCUGGGUUUCCGACCGGAGGACACGGGCGGAGAUCUGUCCGUGCGGGACGGGGUGUUAAAGGCGACCGAGGGUACGCGCUUCAUGUUACGCGUGUACUAUGCAGCAUCUCCGCAGAGGCUCAACCGGACCGUCAGCGGCGCCGCACCGUGGAUCGCUUUUAUCGAGGAAGCGGAACCUGGCAGAGAGGGACAGAGGCAUCCCAAAAGAAACUUAUGCGUGGAAGAGAGCGCCAGGAGUUCGGAUAUAGAGCUGCUCGGGUCUUUCAAGUCUGCGUCCAGCCAAAACUCCAUCCUGGUGGAGCUGCUCGCCAAAGACCUCCGCAGAGGAGAGAAAAUCAAAUAUUAUUCGAUGUGUGCCUUUGACGGAGUGAAGUGGGAACACUACAGGACGAGAGACUUCUGGGUGGCGGUGGUGGAGCGGCCGCCCCACGCGCACGGAUGGAUGCAGGCUGGUCUGUCGGUGAUGCUGCUCGCGUUAUCCGCGCUCUUCAGCGGGCUGGUGAUCAGUAUGCUCGCGCUUGACCCGGUGGAGCUCAGAGUGCUGCAGAACAGCGGCACAGACAAGGAGCAAAAGUACGCGCACAAGAUCGAGUCCGUGCGCAAACACGGCAACUACGUACUUUGCACAUUGGUUCUGUGCAACGUGCUCACCAACACUUUGCUGGUGGUGUGGAUGUGCCAAAUCCUCGGACUCACGCCUCUUUCCACUGCAGCCUGCACUUUUCUCAUCUUCUUCAUUGGAGAGAUCCUCCCGCAUUCUGUCGCAUCCAGACACGGGCUGGCUAUUGCAUCCAAGACCAUAUGGCUAACCAAGAUGCUGAUGCUGGUUACUUUACCCAUCACCUAUCCAAUUAGUAAACUACUUGACAAUAUGCUGCACCAAGAAAUCAGUAACUUCUACACACGCGAGAAGUUACUGGCCAUGCUGAGAGUUACCGAUCCAUAUCAUGAUCUGGUCAAAGAGGAGCUCAACAUCAUACAGGGAGCACUGGAGCUCAGGACCAAAACUGUCGAAGAUGUUCUGACCCCCCUUAACGACUGCUUCAUGCUUGCUUCGGAUGCCAUUCUGGACUUUUACACCAUGUCCGAUGUGAUGCAGAGUGGAUACACCCGCAUCCCUGUUUUUGAAAACGAAAGAUCCAAUAUUGUCAAUAUUCUGUUUGUCAAAGAUCUGGCAUUUGUUGAUCCGGAUGACUGUACCCCAUUGAAAACAAUUACUCAGUUUUACAAGCACCCUCUGCACUGUGUCUUUAAUGACACCAAACUGGAUGCAAUGCUGGAACAGUUCAAGAAAGGUAAAUCUCAUCUGGCUAUCGUACAGAGGGUCAACAACGAGGGUGAAGGAGAUCCUUUCUAUGAAGUCAUGGGCAUUGUCACGCUGGAGGACGUGAUCGAGGAAAUAAUAAAAUCUGAGAUUGUGGAUGAAACUGACCUCUACACUGAUAAUCGUUCGAAGAGAAGAGUGUCUCACCACGAGAGGAAGCUGCAAGAUUUCUCCAUAUUUAAACUGUCAGAUAGUGAAAUGAAAAUCAAAGUUUCACCACAGCUCCUUCUGGCAACACAUCGCUUUCUGGCAACAGAAGUAGAGCCUUUUAAAUCAACGCAUCUCUCAGAGAAGAUUCUCCUGCGAUUAAUAAAACAUCCGAGCGUGGUGCAGGAAAUCAAGUUCGAUGAGAAAAACAAACGGUCACCAAAGCACUACCUCUAUCAGCGCAACAGGCCUGUGGAUUAUUUCGUCCUCAUAUUGCAGGGUCGAGUGGAGGUAGAGAUCGGAAAAGAGGGAUUGAAGUUCGAAAAUGGGCCUUUCACUUACUACAGCUUACCCGCUAUCAUGACCAGCCUACCCACAGUCCACAGAUCACCGUCUCCUAGCAGCGCCCUCAAUCAUUCUGAUACAACAAUACACGGUGGCAGUCUGGGUCAACUGAGUAUCAGCGGAGGAUCGUAUUUACCAGAUUAUUCAGUUCGCCAGCUCACAGACCUACAGAUUAUUAAGAUCAGUCGUAACCAUUACCAGAACGCCCUCACAGCUUCACGCAUGGACAUCUCUCCACAAACACCUGACGCUGACAGCCAUGCGGCCGUGGAAAGGAUGACCAUCCCAGAGACACCUUCCAACAGCAUCGCCCUACCCCUGACAGAACCACGGCCCUUUUUCAAUAGAUAUCAUCAGCACAGUCACCUCUACAGACAGCAGGACAGCACCACUAAACGAAAUGAGAGGAACCGCAUCGUUCGAAGUAAGUCAGAUGGACAGAAGAGUCCCAGUGACUCCGUGUUCCUGAGGAUGGAUGAUAUCCCAUACAUUAGAGAAAAUCUGUUGGAGAGAAAAAAAGGAAGAGAUACUAUGGCCAUCCCCAUGGAGACAGGCCUGUCUACAUCUCAGCUCAUCAGCUCUCACUCUCUGGCUGGCUCGGAUGAGAACCUGGGGAAAAAACUGCUACGGAAACUGAGCAACAAAAAAAGAAAGAAGUCCCACGAUGGAGAUAAACCUCUGGACGACAAUCCUGAACUUUCCCAGGUGAAGACCUAGCAUUAAAUUCAUGGGUUUGCUUCUCUCCCUGUUUCUUCUGCAUCUCCCUCCGAUGUGAAGUCUUCUCCAGCCUUUCUUUGGGUCUUGGGGGAGAGAAAGCACAACCCAGUUUACACAGUCCACCACGAAAAAUGUAGCAUCAUGAAACUUUCACCUCACACACCUGGACGUUUUUUUCUUGAGGAACAUGCUGUUACAACAAGCCUGAAUUUCCUGUCCUUGGGCCUCCAACAUGCAGCAAGAAACAUAUACUGUAUGAUCUGACAAGAUGCACAGCCGUAGAUGGUUUAUGAUGAUGUCAUCUCCAGUCACUGUGGUAAUGACUCUCUGACCUUUGACCCAGGCGAAGCCAGCAAGCACAAGCUGAUGACCUGAAGCCAACCAUCUGACCGAUGAGGGCCGAGCCUCUUGAGUCAUAACACGUGGUCAUCUUUCUGUAGAAUUGUCUUGAAUUAUUGACAAAGUGUUAAUUGCGUUUCGUUAAUGGCGAUUGUUGUUUUACAUCGUAUUAGAUGAGAGGUAUUCGUCAGGUUGUGCCUGGAAACAAGUUAGAAGAAUUUACUGAUAUCAAAGCACUUUGAGAAAGAUCCAGAUCAGACCCUUUUAUUUGAUAUUCUGUUGAAUAGACUUUAGCUGAGCUGUUGACAGAGGCCUAUAUUAGGUAAAUGCUGUCAGUGAUUUUGUUUCUCAAAGGAGGGCAUAUUUGUGAAUAUAAUAUAUACAUAUAUAUAUAAGGCUCUGAAUAUAAUAUUUUAUUUCAUAUUUUCAUUCUGCUCGACAUCACCGUCUUAUUUCUAAGAAUAAUUUUUUAUUUUGCACGUUUUGAGACAUAGAUAGAUAAUUAGGACAUAAGCAAGCCAUAACUUGAAUAAACUUGAAAGCAUUGAUACACUGUAAAAAAUGAUUUGCUUUUUGUUGUUUCAACUGAAAAAAAUCUGUUAUCUGUCUGCCUUAAAAUUUUUAGUUAAUUCAACUUAAAAAAAAAUAUGUCAAUGAAUUUGAUGCAAACUCAUUAAAUAAUACUUUUAAGUUGACUCAACUUAACAUUUUAAGGCAGCCAGGUAACUUAUUUUUACUAGUUGAAACAACUUUUUUUACAGUGUAAAAUAUAACUCAGACAUUGAUAAAGCAAUAUGAUGCAAGAAGUCAAGAAUUCUGUUUUUCAGACCUUUUUCUAAGAUAUGAUUUAAUAGUUUACCCCCCUAGAAACGAGCUAAAAAUGUCAACCCCAUUUCGUCUCACAGGAAUGUUGCUUGGAUGUUUUUCUUAUAGGAUGUGAGUUUCAUUUGUUCAGAUGAGUAAAAUAUCUGAGCUGCCAUUACCGGUUCACUGCCAUCACUUUCCCAGCAUGCAGGUCAUGAAAAACGAACCAAUCACCUCGUCCCUGCCAACGGGACACGUGAUUACAUUAUGUCAGGAACGGGGGAUUAUAAAUAGGGGCUUGGAUGUUUUAUGCAUGGAAGGCUUUUUUAAUGAGUAUGUUAAUACCUCUCUCUUGCAUGCAUGCUGCAGAUACCGGUGAUAUAUAUAGGCCGCUGGGCUUUGGGUUUCAAUAUGUGACAAGGGAGACUCAGCCUCUGAGCUGUUUGAAUCAGCGAACUGUGACCUACGACAACACCAGGGAGUCUAAGCACAAAGCACAAGGACUGGAAAACCUCUGGAUAUCUGUUUUUCCCUAUAGGCUAUUUAUUACUUCUUAAGAGUUAAUGGCAAGAACAGAGCUGCGGAUUAUUUAUCCCCUUUUAUAUAAAAGUUGCUUUGCAUCUUGAGUAUCCGAAGUGAACUGUAUGUGCCUGCUUGCUUUCAGGCCACUUGGACAGUUGUUGUUGUGCAAUACUGUGAGCUCAACUCACUAUACGGAGAGCACAUGCUGAGACGGGGGGGCGGCAACCUGACGUCACAAUACUGCAUUGCAGGAAGGAACAAUUACGCAUGCUGAUGUCUGGAUCGACCCACAAACAUUUCUGUACCACUCAGCUGGUGUAAACACAGACAAAAUCCACUAAAGCCCUUCUCACACACACACAAACUCUGAUGACGUAUAUACAUAAGCCUUAAACCGUGGGUUUAUGUUAAAAACAAGAAAAUCUGUCCAGCACACGCUCUCUGUAUAGUGGGUAAGCCAGAGGAUAGAUGAUAUAUAUGUUUCUACAGAGUUUAUAGAGACUUCUAUUUAAGAGCAUCUAAUGAAUUGUGUAUGACUUUACAAAUAAAACUGACGGUCUCAUGUAAAGACAAAAAUGAAUAUCAGAUUAUUAUAAUAAAUCUUGAUGUGGUGCUUGAGAAUGAAAAGUACCACUACGCCCCCAAUAAACUAAAGUUCGAAUGAAAUAUGA